GCACUUCAGCCCUCUCUUUUUUUUCAUCUCAGUCACCUUGCUUUCAGAUUGUAUUAGUUUUAGUGGGUUAUGGGUGGGUAAAUAAUAAUAAAGAUAGUGUGACAUUGAACCAAAACACACAGUAGAUGACAGCCUGUUUUGAGACAGUCAUCAUGAAGACAGCAGUGAACCUCCUGGCUCUCUUCCUUCUUCAUGCCUGCUCUUCGGUCCCCGUCAGCAGACCCACCAACUGGCUCAGACAAUGUCGUGCCUCCACCAACCUCUCUAUCACAGCUCUGGAGGUGCUGCCGGGCGGAGGCUGGGACAACCUCCGGAACAUGGAUGUGGGUCGAGUCAUGAACCUCAGCUACUUCCAGUGCCAGACCACUGAGGAUGGGCUCUACCUCAUCCCGGAUGAGGUGUUUGUCAUCCCCCAGAAGGAGACGGGCGUGGAGACAAACUCAGAGAUAAUCAGCUCGUGGCUGGAGCAGAAAAGCUCUACAUCCCAGAGCAUUAAUGCGGACAUAUCCUUCUUCUCGGUUCUGAAUGGCAAAUUUUCUACAGAGAACCAGAGGAUGAAAACCCAUCAGGUCAAAGACUCUUCAACUACGACCAGAGUGCAAGUUCGUAACUUCAUCUACGCAGUUAAGGCUUAUCCAGACUUCAAUCUGGAUUCACGCUUUGCUCAACAAGCCAAAGAAAUAGCUGAUGCCAUUGAAAACAACCAAACAAGGCACGCAGAUUAUCUCUCAGAGAAGAUGGUACUGGACUAUGGAACCCAUGUUAUCACUAGUGUCGAUGCCGGGGCCAGUUUGGUGCAGGAAGACUACCUACGCUCUGUAUCGGACAAUGUGUCGCAAAGUUCCACUAUCACAGCGCAGGCAGGCUUAAACUUUUUUGACAAACUCAAGUUUGACAUAAGCAGCAAAAAUACCCAACAGAGCUCAGCACUUCAAACAUAUCAGUCCAAUAUUCAGUACUCUCUGACCCAAAGCCAUGGUGGCACACCUUUCUAUCCUGGCAUCACUCUGCAGAAGUGGCAGGAAAGUACCAGGAACAACCUUGUUGCUAUUGAUAGGUCAGGAUUUCCCCUACACUACUUUAUAAACACCAACACCUUCCCUGAUCUGCCACAGCCUACAGUUGGCAAAGUGGCUCUCACGCUGAGUCAGGCCAUAGAGCGAUACUACACGAUCAAUACGCGACCUGGAUGUGUCGACGUCAACUCCAAGAACUUUAACUUCCAGGCCAACAUUGAUGAUGCAUCCUGUGAGGGCCCUGCAACAAACCUCAGUUUCGGUGGCGUCUAUCAACAGUGUAUUAUGCGCAGCUCAGAUGCAGGUCCACUAUGUGAUGCCCUGGCCCAGAAAAACCCUGAAACAGGUGACUUCUCCUGUCGUCCGCCAUACACCCCGACUUUACUGAGAUCUGAAGUGAGACAGCAGGCUUACACUUCGUACGAUUGCUAUGACCAGCAUUAUGGUUGUGGGUUUUUAUGGCUUGAAGAUUGCAUUAAUAGAGUGUGUCAGGACAACUACCACGUUCGCUCUGCUCGCGUCGACACCUACUGGUGCUCUGUAAAUAAUGGAAAGGCCCCAGACAACUCAGGGUAUCUGUUUGGAGGCAUAUACAGCCCUUCUCUCCUGAACCCCCUCACCAAUGCCAAAAGCUGCCCCUCAAACUUCAUUCCAGUAAAGUUUCUCUCGGACGGCCAAGUGAUAUGUGUGAGUAAAGACUAUGAAACUGCCACCAGAUACUCCGUACCAUUUGGAGGCCUCUUCAGUUGUCAGUCAAGCAACCCACUGGCAGGGUCCCAACGCCGCUGCCCUCCCAAGUUCAGUCAGCAUCUCGCCACAGUGAGUGACGGCUGUGAAAUUCUUUACUGCGUCCAGUCAGGACUGUUCACAGGAGGGCAGCUUCUCCCAAUCCAUCUGCCUCCUUUCACCAAACGCCCACUUGUCAGCAUGCAAGCCACAAACACAGUCAUGGUGAUGACUGAAGGAGACAAGAGUUGGGUCAGAGUGGGGAAGACCAAGGCAUGGAAACUGGCAAAACCAGAGGAAAUCAAUGACAUUGUGCACCAGCUUAACCCAGAAUUGGGUCAUAUGUCUAGUGGAGAAAAGGCAGGGGUAGCCUUUGGUGUGAUCGGUAUGAUAGCACUGGUGGUAGUGGCAGUGGUCCUGCUGAAGAGAAGGAGGAGGAUGUCUGGGUUCAUAAGAGCUAGAGGCUAUGACGAAAUACGUGGAGAAGUCGAGCACGAAGAUGGAGAGAGAGAGGCACAGCAAGAUGAGGCUUGAGAAAAACACACAGCUCAGCGGCUUAGCUGCAGAAGACGGAAGUUAAUGCGGUGAGACAGAUUUAGUUUUUAACUUCCCUGCUGAUCGUCACCUCAGAAAUCAGUCACGCAAAUUUUUCACGUUUCUAGUUUCACAAGUGCUUCUAGUUUGAAACAGUUGGACUUUGUGAUUAUGAUUCUUCUAAAAUGUGUAUGAAACAAAUAAUUCACAUAGCCACAUUUACCAAGUGCUAUGGAUAGUAAAGGGUUAGGGUUAGGGUUAGGAUUAGUAGAGUAACAGUUAAACAAUACAUUUAUUGGACUUAAGCAGCUGCUUAAGUAAACUUUGUAUUUUAUUAUAUUGUUAUAUUAUAUUGUAUUUUAUGGCCUAUCAACAUCAUACUAUAUUACAUCUAACAGUCAUCAAUUUCCCUUUAAAUUCACCAAAUGAAAAAGCAGAAGUUAUUUCAAAGGCCAUAAGUAACCCAAUACUGCCCUCAUGAGGCCAAGAUGCACAAUGCCAUGUAGUAUAUAAACAUUUUUAGUCCUUGUUUAAGAAAAUGAAUGCUUUGUUUGAAUGUACCAUUUAUCAGUGGAUGUGGCUCAGGAGGUAGAGCGCUAAUCUUCUAAGCGCUAAGCGGUUUGAUCCCUGGCUCAUCCAGAUGCAUGUCAAAGUGUCCUUAUUUAAGAUGCUGUACCCCAAAUCCAGAUGUUGUGCAUCAGUGAGUGAAUGUGUAUGAAUGAAUUCCGUCUGAGAUGGCCUUUGUCAUCACUUUAUGAAUGUGUAUGAAUGAGUAAUUGUGGCAUGUUCAUUUACAUAAAACACGUGGUUUAUAAAUAUGUUUUAGAUAAUUGACAUUAACACAAUUAACAUUUUGAAACCUUUUUUUUCAAUAUAUGAAUUCACAACUCAAAGUAUUUUAUUGUACUAUGCUGCAAUGUAUGUUAAGCUCUUCUGCACUGCACUUAACCUCUAAUUAAAGAAAAAUAUAUUUAAAAAAAAAA